GUCAGAUAAAGUUUUACCUACCAACCUGCCCACGUACCUACCUAUACCAUUUUGUUCCUUUUUAUGACAUAUGGAUGACUUUUUUAGAGUUGAUCGCGACAAAAAAGUGAAGCAGUUGUGUUACAGUGAUGAAUUUCGUCAUAACGACAUGCCAUUGGAACCCAAGCUUAUGAAAUUCUUUUAUAAAGCCUACUUCCGCUACUCUCAAUUACUGGCAGACAAAAAAACCUCGUUUUGGCAUAAAACGAAACCAGGUGACAUCAUGACUGUCAAUAACCAUCGAGUCCUACAUGCAAGAUCUGAAUUCAAAGAUCGGAGCAAUAACGUGAGGUCACUUGAGCUUGGGUAUUUUGACUGGGAUUGUGUUUACUCGAAAAUUCAAAUUCUCGCUGAGAAACAAGGGAUACCUUCGCCGGUAGAUUAGUUGUGUCAAUGGCAAUUUUAAACAAUUUCAAUGAAUAUGU